GGCGGGACUUGCCUCGGUCGUCAUGGCGUCUGUGGUGCUGAGCGAAGCGGAGAAAGUGUACAUCAUGCAUGGCGUCCAGGAGGAUCUUCGAGUUGAUGGACGUAGCUGUGAAGAUUACAGAUGUGCUGAAGUGGAAACAGAUGUUGUAUCUAACACAAGUGGUUCUGCUCGAGUAAAACUUGGACACACGGAUAUCCUAGUUGGAGUAAAAGCUGAAAUGGGAACUCCCAAGCUGGAUAAACCAAAUGAAGGCUCCUUGGAAUUUUUUGUGGAUUGUUCAGCAAAUGCCACUCCUGAAUUUGAAGGCCGGGGUGGAGAGGAGCUCGGCACAGAAAUAGCAAACACCCUGUACAGAAUAUUUAACAAUGAAAGCAGCAUAGAUCUGAAGUUGCUUUGUAUUAAUCCCAGAGAGCAUUGUUGGGUGCUUUAUGUAGAUGUCUUGUUACUGGAAUGUGGUGGCAACUUGUUUGAUGCUAUAUCUCUUGCAGUGAAAGCUGCACUGUUUAAUACCAGGAUACCCAAAGUGCGUGUUUUGGAGGAUGAAGGAGGACGGGAAAUCGAACUUUCCGAUGAUCCCUUUGACUGUAUUCGACUUAAUGUGGAUAAUGUACCCUGCAUCGUCACACUGAGCAAAAUUGGUCAUAGGCACAUAGUGGAUGCCACCCUUCAGGAGGAGGCGUGCUCUUUGGCUAGUCUUCUCAUUUCUGUGACCAGUAGAGGUGCCCUAACUUGUAUGAAGAAAAUGGGAAGAGGGAGUCUUGAUCCAGAAAGUAUAUUCGAGAUGAUGGAGACAGGAAAGAGAGUAGGCAAGUUGCUGCACAGCUCUCUGCAAACUGUCUUAGAUGAAGAAGAGAAUCUUGGAACAGCGCGCAAAAAAGUUGGGUUCUUGGGAUGAGCUCUGUUGUUGCGUCCAACUGAAUGGAAAUCCACUGAGGGUUUUAAUUUGUGUGUGGGUUUUUUUUUACAAAAAUGUAUGUAUAGUCUUUGAAUAAAGGCAGAGAGAUUUUUUUUCUUUA